CUCACGGCCUGGGACAGUUGCUGCCGAGCGAGGCCUGUCAGGAGGCCGCACCGCCGCUGUCUCCCGGCUGAAGAGGGAGCGGUGGCCGGUUAAUAGGAACACAAUGAAAGAAGCAGAAGUAAGGAGGCUCUUGGCUGCCAACCUCCUCUGUGUUUGUUCAGUUAUUCUGUCAGCGGUUGUUCCGGCUUCCUUCUGGGACGGAUUCACAGUUUUCGGAACACACCUCGCGUGGCUGUGUAUAUGUUCUGUUUGUGUUAGUACCCUUAAUAUAAUCUUGCACUUAGUCCUUAAACCAAAUCUGUCUCCUAAGAGAAGUUCCUUUGCUCACAAGAUAUCCAGAUUUCUAAAAUGCUGUAUAUACUUUUUCAUGUCUUGCAUACUAUUUCAUGCGAUUAUUGUUCUUUAUGGAGCACCUCUCAUAGAGUCAGUGACUGAGACGUUUUUGUUUGCAGUUCUCCUGUCUACCUUUACUACUUUACAAUGCUUGUGUAUGCUGGGACCAAACAUACAAGCAUGGAUACGGGUAUUUAGUAAAAAUGGAGCUAUGUCCAUCUGGGAAAGCAAUCUACAGAUUACUACCAUGUGCAGUAUACUUGGAGCUUGGUUUGGAGCAUUUCCUAUUCCUCUUGAUUGGGAUCGGCCUUGGCAGGUAUGGCCCAUUUCCUGUUCCCUCGGAGCUACCUUUGGAUAUAUGGCUGGUCUGAUUAUUGCACCUUUGUGGAUACACUGGAACCGGAAGCAGCUUACAUACAAAAGCAGAUAACUGGAGCUAAGAGAGAGACAAGGUAUUUCUUUGUGCAGAUUCCAUACAGACUGUGCAAAAGUUGUUUUUUUUAAGAGAGAGAGAUAUAUGUAUAGUCAAAGCAGAAGACUAUCCAAAUUCAUUUAGAGUAUUUCAGACCAAGCAUCUCCACUCAAUAAAAUCACACAGAUGCUGUUUCAGCAUGGUGCAGUUUUUGCUUCCUCUAGACUAUGUAACCCUGAGAGAUUGUACCUUCCAGUCUGAAUAAAAUAUUUCUAACAGAUGUGGUGGCUUCUUAUUACAAGUUCAUUGAGUUUGAUUUUAUUCCUCUGGAUUUCACUGGUUGUAGAAGGCAGAAAUGUAGUUUUAGCUUUCAGACCUGUAAGAACUUUGCUGUGUACUUAAUGCAUUGUAUUUAAAUUCAGCAGAAUUUCACAGUA